AUGAACAGAGGCAGCUCCUUCGCGAAAAGCUCCAGGAAGGAUUCCCAGAAAUCGGAGGAGAAAUGCAAGGCCUUCAAGGAUAUUUGCAAAUACUUCUCUAAGGAAGAAUGGGCAAAGCUGGGAAACUCACAGAAAUACACCUAUGUGUACAUGAAGAGAAACUACGACACCAUGACUGGUCUAGGUCUCAAUGUCGCCCUCCCAGCUUUCAUGAAUCCUAACAAACGGACCGCAAAAUCUCCUGAGAAUGAUUCUCAUGAAGAUCAGAACCCCGGGAAUCAGGGAAAAGAAAUUGCCUCUAGUCAGCAGAUGGAGAAGUCAGCAGGACCCGGGACAGUGAAGAGUAACGUCUGGGCCUACAGGCUGCGGGAAAGAAAGAACAAAGUUGUGUAUGAAGAGAUCAGUGACCCCGAGGAAGAUGAAUAA